AUGCCUGCCACCGUUCUUCCUCGCCGUACGGUCGAUUUCCUCUCCGAUCCAGUGAACUUCGUCCCCGCGCAUUCCAAUGGGAUCAAUGGGAAUGGGGUGGAGGAUCACUCCGACAACGCCUCUGCCUCCUCCUCCACCUCCGUCUCCGCAGAAUCACAAGACAAGCCCAAGCGCCCGACAAUGACGCGCAAAGCCUCCUCACCCAUGGCCCCCACCUUCAUGGUGUCUGCGCCGGGCAAGGUCAUCGUGUUUGGCGAACAUGCGGUGGUGCACGGCAAGGCUGCCAUGGCGGCGGCCAUUUCCCUCCGCUCCUACCUCCUCGUCACCACCCUCUCCAAAUCACAGCGCACGAUCACCUUGAAUUUCAGAGACCUGGGCCUGAGUCACACCUGGAACAUUGAUUCCCUGCCGUGGGAGAAGUUCCACGAACCCUCAAAAAAGAAGUUUUACUACAGUCUGGUCACCGAGCUCGACCCGGAACUGGUCGAAGCCAUCGAACCACACCUCCAGGACGUCUCCAAGGGUCUCGGUCUCCCCGAGGAACAACGCAAAGUCCACAUCCGCUCCGCCUCCUCCUUCCUCUACCUCUUCCUCUCCCUGGGCUCCCCACAAAGCCCCGGCGCCAUCUACACUCUCCGCUCGACCAUUCCCACAGGGGCCGGCCUAGGCAGCAGCGCCAGUGUCUGCGUCUGCCUGAGUGCCGCACUGCUCCUUCAGAUCCGAACCCUAGCCGGCCCGCACCCAGACCAGCCCCCAGAGGAGGCGGAAACACAGAUCGAGCGCAUCAAUCGCUGGGCGUUCGUUGGCGAGCUCUGCAUCCAUGGCAAUCCCAGCGGAGUAGACAACACGGUGGCCGCAGGCGGCAAGGCCGUGAUUUUCCGUCGUGACGAUUACACGAAGCCUCCCACUGUGGUCCCUCUCCCCACAUUCCCCGAGCUCCCCCUCCUCCUCGUCAACACCCAACAGGCGCGCUCCACCAAGACCGAAGUCGAGAAGGUCGCGAAGCUCCGAACCGCCCACCCCAUCGUCACCGAGUCCAUCCUCAACGCCAUCGACGAGGUAACAUGCUCUGCGCAGCGCCUCAUUCAGGACCCCGACUUCCAGGGUAUCACCGACCCCACCCUGGCCCACUUCGGCGACCUCAUUCGCAUUAAUCACGGCUUCCUCGUCUCUCUGGGUGUUUCGCAUCCCCGUCUCGAGCGCAUUCGGGAACUUGUCGACUACGCGGACAUUGGCUGGACCAAGUUGACGGGAGCAGGUGGUGGCGGAUGUGCAAUCACCCUCCUCCGCCCCAAUGCCAACUCCAGCGUCAAGCAGGACCUCGAGGAGAAGUUCGACGAGGAAGGUUUCACCAAAUACGAAGUCACUCUCGGUGGCGAUGGUGUUGGUGUCCUUUGGCCUGCUAUCCUGCGCAACGGCUCCGACGAGGAGGGCGGCGAGGAGAUCGAUCAGCAGAAGUUCGAAGAGGCCGAGGGUCCUGAGGGCAUCGAACGCCUUGUCGGUGUUGGAGUGGAAGAGCGGAGGGAUAGUUGGAAAUUCUGGAAGAGAGCUACCACGCCUUGA